GACGACGCCAUUGGAGACUCGAGCUUGAGCUUCACAGGGAACGUAAACUGUUCAGAGGAAUGUAGAAUUCUAAGAAGCUCUGACGGUAAAGAAUUCAAGAUCUCCAAAUCUAUUGCCUUGCAAUCAUCCAUCAUCGCAAAUUUAUUGGAUUUGGAAGAAGAGGGAGAUUUAAUGGGAAAAGAGAGAAGAACGAAUGUAAUUCCACUCCCCGAAGUCGAUGGAGUAACUCUCGAGAGGAUAAUUGGUUUCCUGAAGAUAUAUACGGAAGAAUCUUUUCAGCAAUUCACUGUUCAAGAAAAGAAAAAACGUUGUGAUGAGUUUUUCGCCAAUUGUAAGUUCAAUGAUUUCCUCACCCUUGCUUCGGCCUCGAAUUAUAUGGGAGCUCAGGUGGUUUUAGACGAAGCUUGUCAGAGGACAGCUGAUAUGAUGAAAAAUAAAAGUGUGGCGUGGGUGAGAAAAAAUUUUGGAAUUAAAAAUAAUUUUACGCCCGAAGAGGAAGAGGCGAUGAGAGAGAAACAUGAAUGGGCUUACGAGGGAGUCGAUCCUGAUGAUGAUGAAGAAGAUAUCAUUUGAUUAAUAUGAAAAGAAAUAUCGCGUUUGUUAGAGGUUUUAGCUUGUUUGAUUUUAAUUGAGUUUUAAGUUUUUAUU